AUGAUUACCAAUACUCGUAAAUAUAUUAAGAAGAACAGUGUAGAGAGUUUCAAAUAUGAUGCUAUUUAUCUCUAUGAUUCAUAUUGUACUCUUGUUAAUGAAGCAAUGACUUCUAAGAUUCCUUUAUUUGGAAUAUAAAAAUGCCUUUCAACUGUCUCAUUCUCAGAUGACAUAAAGGAAUGCAGAAGAAGAUUAACCAUCUUAAGAAGCUAAGGAUCUAUUAAAUAGUAAGAAAAACAAGAUCUCAAGGCUUAGAUUAGAGCAUUCCUUGAUAGAUAAAAUGCAAUAAAACUUGCAUUUAUACAAACUGAAUUCGAAAUUUUUGAAUAGCUUAGUCAAGAAGCUGUUCUUUAAUCAAGAAAGCAUUCAUGCAACAUGAUAUUUUAUAACAAUGUCUUGAAGAAAAGAUAAGAGAUAAUUAACUACUUUGGAAUAGACUUUAUGUCUGCAGAAGAUGAAGAAAAUAUUCUAACUGAAUGA